AUGUCCGAUUACAAAGAAUUUGAUGGAAUUGAUAGUGCUUUGACGCAAUUACCUAGAGAAGAUCUAGAAAAAAUUCGGAAGAUUAUAUACGGAAAAGAAACGCAUACAAUCGACGUGUCCGAUGAAUGCAAAGAACUGGCUUUUAAAUAUAACAUAGAAUUGGUGACAUGUGGAUUUAACUGCAAGGAAGAACAGCUAAGAAGUCCGAAGCUCAUCAGAGUCGCAGCGUUUCAACACAAACUGGUACCUUUUCCGACAUCCACCCCCAUUCAAGAAAUGAAAUAUGCCCUAUUUAAAUUUGCAAAUAAAGCGAUACGGAUAGCUGCUAGAGGUGGAGCCAAUAUAUUUUGUUUCCCGGAACUCUGGAAUAUGCCUUAUGCGUUCUGUACCAGAGAAAAAAACCCAUGGUGUGAAUACGCCGAAAGUGCAAAAACUGGACCAACAACAAAAAUGUUGCAAGAGUUAGCCAAAAUACAUAACAUGGUGAUAAUUUCUCCUAUUUUAGAAAGGGACGAUAUUUACAACGAUACUCUUUGGAACACAGCUGUUAUUAUAGAUAACCACGGAGAAUAUUUAGGAAAGUAUCGCAAAAACCACAUUUCCAGAAAUGCGUAUUUGAAUGAAUCUAUAUAUUACACUGAAGGAAAUGCAGGUCAUCCUGUAUUUGAGACUGAAUUUGGGAAUAUUGCUGUUUGCUUGGGAAGUUAUUAUCCUUUGAGCUGGCUAAUGUUUGGUUUGAAUGGAGCAGACAUAGUUUUCAAUCCAUCAGCAGUGGCAGGCGAAACCAGUGAGCCAUUGUGGGGCGUAGCAGCCAGGAAUGCUGCAAUAGCCAAUAGCUACUUCACUUGUGCGGUAAACAGAGCUGGAACGGAGGUAUUUGUAAAUGAUUUCACUACAGGAGACGGUAAACCACCCCACAGAGAAAGUGACUAUUUCUUUGGUUCCAGUUACAUCACCGCACCAAAUGGAACACGAUCACCUGGACUUUCUCGAACUUCAAAUGGUUUACUGAUAGCAGAAAUGGACUUGAAUUUAUGCAGACAAAUUAAGGACCAAUGGGGACUGCAAAUGACUCAGAGACUCGAGAUGUACGCCAAGUUGCUGUCUAAAGCUGCCCAGGUUAACUUUGUGCCUCAGAGAAUCCGGAAAAGUCAGGAUUGAAUUUUGAUACAGUAUCGUAGC